AUGGACCUGAUUCCAAACUUUUCCAUGGAAACAUGGGCACUGUUAUCUACUAUCCUGGUGCUUCUCUACCUUUAUGGAACUUCUACUCAUGGACUUUUUAAGAAGCUAGGGAUUCCUGGCCCUAAGCCUCUGCCUUUUGUUGGAACAAUGCUUUUCUACAGGAAGGUGAGUGAUGGUAUGUGGAAAUGUGAUAUAGAAUUUCGAAAAAAGUAUGGUGAUAUGUGGGGGCUAUAUGACGGGAAGACCCCUGUCCUGGUAAUCACAGAUCCAGACAUGAUAAAGGAUGUGUUAGUGAAAGAAUGUUAUUCCGUCUUCACAAAUCGGCAACCUCUUGGUCCAGCAGGAAUUUUGAAAAAGAGUGUUUCAAGAAGUGAGAAUGUAGAAUGGAAGAGAAUUCGAUCAUUGCUUUCUCCAGCCUACACCAGUGGAAAACUAAAGGAGAUGUUUCCCAUCAUCCAACACUAUGGCAAUGUGCUGGUGAAAAAUAUAAGUCUGGAAGUCAAGAAAGGAAAGCUCAUUGUCAUGAAAGACAUUUUUGGGGCCUACAGCUUGGAUGUGAUCAUUAGCACCUCAUUUGGAGUGAAUGUGGAUUCCCUCAACAAUCCUCAGAAUCCUUUUUUGAACAACAUCAGGAAGCUUUUUAAACUUAGCUUUUUCAAUCCAUUAAUUUUCUCUAUGGCAAUCUUUCCAUUUCUUAAUCAAAUAUAUAACAUACUAAACAUCUCCAUAUUUCCAAGUGAUGCUAUAAUAUUUUUUAAAAAGUUUAGAGAGAAGACUAAAAACAAUCGACUUGAAAAUAGACAAGAGAACUCAGUAGAUUUUCUUCAGCUGAUGAUGAACUCACAAAAUUCCAAAAAUGUGGAGGAGUCCCACAAAGCUCUCUCUGAUCUGGAGAUUGUGGCUCAAUCAAUCUCAUUUAUUAUGGCUGGCUAUGAGGGCACAAGCAAUGUUCUUUCCUAUAUUAUGUAUACUCUGGCCACUCAUCCUGAUGUCCAGAAGAAACUCCAGUAUGAAAUUGAUGCAGUUCUGCCCAAUAACGCACCUGCCACUUAUAAUGGCUUGGUACAAAUAGAAUAUCUGGACAUGGUAAUCAGUGAAACUCUGAGAUUAUAUCCAAUUGGUGCCAGAAUUUCCAGACUCAGUAAGAAAGACACUGAAAUCAGUGGUGUGUUUAUUCCUAAAAAUACAAAAGUAGCUGUACCUCUCUUUAUUCUUCACCGAGACCCAGAAUAUUGGCCAGAACCUGAGAAAUUCAACCCUGAAAGGUUCAGCAAAGAGAAUAAGGACAGAAUCAAUCCUUAUGUAUACAUGCCUUUUGGAAAUGGUCCUAGAAACUGCAUUGGCAUGAGGUUUGCUCUCAUUAACAUGAAGCUUGCUGUUGUCAAAAUCUUGCAGAACUUUUCUGUGCAACCUUGUAAGGAAACAGAGAUUCCCUUGAAAUUAAGUAAGGAAUUGAUUCUUUCUCCAGAAAAACCUAUUGUCCUGAAAGUUACAUCAAGAUAUGGAGCCAUAAAUGAAAGCUGA